GGCUCUGAUUCAACAUCUUUAAUCAAUAGAUUUAGUGUUAGCUGCUUAUCUUUGCUCAAACACAUCUCAGAAUGCGUCCUUCAUCGCUAUUUUAUGGCCUUCGGGCUCUGAACACCUCUAUUUCUAGAACAGCAAUCUCCCACACAACCACGCGUCCAUUCUCCCAGUUGAUCAACCGCUUGCCUUCAUUCUCAACACAGCUCCAAAGCCCCCAAAGACUAGCAACCACAUACCACGCACUCCGAUUCAAUUCUUCAUCCUCGUCUGGCCAAUCCCCCCUCACCGACCGCCAACUCGACGCACAAACCGACGCCCAACAUGAAGAACAAAACCGCCUGCGCCGCGAACAAGAACCUGCAUACCAAAUCACCUUCACCUGCAAACCGUGCGGGGAACGUUCGUCACACCGCAUGUCCAAACAUGGAUAUCACAAGGGGACAGUUCUGAUCCGGUGCCCGUCUUGCCAUAACAGACAUGUUAUCGCUGAUCACCUGAACAUCUUCUUCGACAAGAGUACUACGCUGGAGGAUAUCAUGCAGAAGGAGGGGAAGAAGGUGACGAGGGGGUAUCUGGAGGGGGACAUGGAGUUCUGGGAUGAUGGCGUUGCAUUUAAGAGGGGUGAGGGGGAGAAGUCUGGUGAUGGAAAGUUGUAACGGGUUGCUAGAAGUGCUGUUGAAUGAUUACCAGUCGGCUAGCUGUGGCUACCAUGAUGCUAGAAAAAUUUUGACGCAUGUUUCGGGGGUUGAAGAUUCCAGAUUGACGAAAAGAGGCAUUUUGGAUGGACGUUGCUAUGCACCUGGAUGAUACACCCUACUCCAUGAUCUGUCCAUGUACUUUUAGAAACUAAUGAACUGUACCAUUACUUUAUAACAUAGAUUCUCUAUUCAUCAUAUCCUUUUUAUGCUUCCCAUAACGCCGCCAUAAAUCCGGGCAAAAAUGUAUAUACAGCA